AUGGAUCGAAGUUACCUGAAAUCAAGUAAUCUACUAUGCCUCUCUGUAUUUUAUGUGAUCUCUCUGUUUGCUAUAACAUUUAUGAUGAUUCAUUUUAUUCAAUACAACUCUGAAAAGACGGCGCCAAAAAUGAAUGAUGUUGUGGUGGUUGCUGUACAGGAUGAGGACCCAGUGAAGAACCCUCACCCACCCUAUGACUACAACUCUCUUUUACCAUGCAAUUUAACCAAGGAGAUUAAAAAUGCAAAACUAAAUUUGAAAACAGUUCAAAGAAGUUUCUCAAAAUGUGUAUUCCCACUGAUUACUCGAUUUUUUGGAAACCCAGUGGGUCUUCUGUUCAAUUUCAGCACAGUUCUAUCAGUAUGUGAUGACGAGGAAGCAAUAAGAGAUAUUGAAGUGAGAGAGUUUGCUUUGAACAGCUGGAUUGUUCUUCCAAAAUGCAAAGAAAACAACACAUUACUAACCCUCGGUGUAGCAAAAGACACAAAUGGCGAUGAAUGGGUGAAGAAAAGUAUUCCAAAUCUGAAAAUGUACGGAGCAAGUGGUUUAAUAGAAAAUAGUACGGUUUAUGAAAACUUUCAAAACUUUGCAUUGGGUCCAGGUGGGGAUAGCAUGGAGUUGGAAGUGAUAGAAGAUGGAGUCUUACAAAAUAAGACAAUGCCUCUGAAAAGUUUUGAAGAAUACAUGACUGAGCUAAAGUUAACGAAAAUUGACGCCCUCUGGAUAAAUCCAUAUUAUGGAAAGUUCUCCUUCUGGGACUAUAUCGAGCGAGACGGAUGGCUUGCCAAACACAACAUUACCAUUUGUCAAAUGACAAUAGAAGUACCGAAAGGACAUGGAAAUCAAUGGAUUGAAAUGAUCAAGUCAAUGGAGACCAACUCAGAUUUUGUGUUUAUGAGACCAACAACUACGAAAACUGGCGGAGCAAGAGCAUUCUUUAUCAACUACAGAGAUCCGCAGUGUACAAGAAAGUAUCUUGAGUGA